AUGUCAUGGAGACUGGGGAAAAAGUUGAAGGAAGGAGGUGUUUUUCCAUUCAAUUUAGCCUCCUCCUUAUCUUCGCAUCAGGAUGAGAAAGGCAAAGGAAGUUUGCCUGCGUCAUCCCCCACAUCGGGUACGGCUCCCAGCACCCCGCGCGCCGAUGACGAAUUUCCUCCUGUGGCGGCAUCGCCUACCAAAAGUGCCACAAUUUCGACAAUGAGUCAUUCCAAAAAAGUGCUGCCAGUCACUGUGGCGGGUAUGAAUGCGUCUCGGUCAGACAUGCUCACGGUGAGCGUGGUGAAUGCGCGCGGCCUGUCUCUUCCACCUGGUCGUAUGAUGCUCCCUGUACAUGAACGACAGACUACACAGGGAACAAAAGCACAUGCUUCGCUACGCUCUCCCCAGAUAAGCUUGCCCUAUGUGGUCCUGGAAUUCGACAAGAAUGAAGUACUCAUUCUCGCCUCAGGCGGUGAUCUCGCGUCACCACAAUGGCAGUUCACGGCCAAUUUUGACGUUUCACGGAAGGUCGAAGUGACGCUACAUUUAUAUUUGCGCGCUGAGAUGGUCGAACCCGCUGAUAAGAUGCAUCAUGCCAUGCGGUCGUUAUCCUUACAUCCUGACAAGUCAGGCGCUUAUACCAAACCCGACCCGAUGAUGUUGAUGGGCGGUAACGAUGUAUAUCUUGGUAUGGCCAAACUGGUGCCGUCCUUUGAUCAGACACGUCCGCUCGAUACCUGGCUACCACUACAGGGUGGCACGGGUGAGAUACGCGUGCAGAUGGCAUUCAAGUCACAGGUCGGCACGUCGCUCAACAUUGAGUCGUUUGAGUUGCUCAAAGUGAUUGGUAAGGGAAGCUUCGGGAAAGUGAUGCAGGUCCGGAAGCGCGAUACAUCCCGUAUUUACGCAUUGAAGAUUAUAAGAAAAGCACAUAUUAUUUCACGUUCCGAAGUAACUCACACGCUUGCCGAGCGAACUGUAUUGGCUAAAGUCAAUUGCCCCUUCAUUGUGCCGCUCAAGUUCUCCUUCCAGAGCCCUGACAAGUUGUAUUUGGGACUGGCUUUCGUGAAUGGUGGUGAACUAUUCUUGCAUUUACAACGCGAGGGCCGCUUUAGUGAAGAACGCUCACGAUUCUACGCCGCGGAAUUGUUUUGUGCUUUGGAGCAUUUACACAGCUUCAACGUUAUUUAUCGUGACUUGAAACCCGAAAAUAUCCUUCUCGACUAUACCGGACACAUUGCGUUGUGUGACUUUGGUUUGUGUAAGCUCAAUAUGGGAGACAAAGAAACGACACACACGUUUUGUGGCACGCCUGAAUACCUAGCGCCCGAGCUCCUUUUGGGUCGUGGCUAUACCAAGGCCGUUGACUGGUGGACGUUGGGCGUGUUGCUGUACGAAAUGCUCACCGGUCUCCCUCCAUUUUAUUCCGAAGAUGUCAAUGAAAUGUACAGAAAAAUCUUAUAUGAUCCACUGGUGUUUCUCCCGGAUGUUCGUCCUGAUGCUCGCGACCUGCUUAGGCGCUUGCUGGAGCGUGAUGCUAGUAAGCGACUAGGCUCACCUCCGGGCGGAGCUAUGGAAAUAAAAAAUCAUCCUUUCUUCACAAAGCAUAUUGACUGGAGCAUGCUUUUGGCAAAAAAGGUCCGGCCGCCUUUUAAGCCCGGCGUGGCCUCCGCCUUCGAUACGUCGAACUUUGACCCCGAGUUUACCAGUGAACCAGCUAUGGACAGCGUCGUCGAUGACAGCCACAUGAUCAGUGAAGCAGUGCAGGAACAGUUCGCUGGGUUUAGUUACACGGCGGCACCUGAGAUGGCUAGUAGUGAUGGAUUAUGGCAAUAG